CGCGGCGGUGACCGGGAAAUGGGGCUAUGGCGCCGGGCAGCGCGCAGGGAGCGCCGGCCGCCGGCAGGAGCGGGCCCGGGAUGGAGGGCGGAGGCCCGGCGGCCCACAGCGUGUGCAUGGUGUCGGACUUCUUCUACCCCAACAUGGGCGGCGUGGAGAGCCACGUGUACCAGCUGUCACAGUGCCUCAUCGAGCGCGGCCACAAGGUCCUGGUGGUCACCCACGCCUACGGGCACCGCAAGGGCGUCCGCUACCUCACUAGCGGGCUGAAAGUCUACUACCUGCCCCUGAAGGUGAUGUACAACCAGUCCACGGCCACGACGCUCUUCCACAGCCUGCCCUUGCUCAGGUACAUCUUCGUGCGGGAGCGGGUGACCAUCGUGCACGCCCACAGCUCCUUCUCCGCCAUGGCGCACGACGCCUUGUUCCACGCCAAGACCAUGGGGCUGCGGACCGUGUUCACGGACCACUCCCUCUUUGGGUUCGCGGAUGUCAGCUCGGUGCUGACCAACAAGCUGCUGACCGUGUCCCUGUGCGACACCAACCACAUCAUCUGCGUCUCCUACACGAGUAAGGAGAACACGGUGUUGCGAGCAGCCUUGGACCCUCGCAUAGUCUCUGUCAUCCCAAACGCUGUCGAUCCCACCGACUUCACUCCAGACCCCUCGAGGAGGGAUGACAGUACAAUAACAAUUGUUGUCGUCAGCAGACUCGUUUACAGAAAAGGUAUUGAUUUGCUUAGUGGUAUAAUUCCUGAGCUCUGUCAGAAAUAUCCGGAGUUACAUUUCUUAGUUGGAGGAGAAGGACCAAAACGAAUUGUACUGGAAGAAGUCCGGGAGAGAUACCAGCUACAUGACAGGGUGCGUCUUCUAGGAGGCUUGGAACACCAGGAUGUUAGAAAUGUCCUGGUCCAGGGGCACAUUUUUCUCAAUACUUCGCUCACUGAGGCCUUCUGCAUGGCUAUUGUGGAGGCAGCAAGCUGUGGUUUACAGGUGGUGAGUACAAGAGUUGGUGGGAUUCCCGAGGUACUUCCAGAAAAUCUCAUCAUUUUGUGUGAGCCCUCUGUGAAAUCUUUGUGUGAUGGACUAGAAAAAGCGAUUGCCCAGCUCAGAUCAGGAACUCUGCCAUCUCCAGAAACUGUUCAUAAUGAAGUAAAAGCAUUUUAUACAUGGAGGAAUGUAGCAGAGAGAACUGAGAAAGUGUAUGACAGAGUUGCAGAUGAAGUGGUUUUACCAAUGAAGGAGCGACUUGACAGACUAAUGACUCACUGUGGCCCAGUGACUGGGUGUAUUUUUGCUUUUUUUGCUGUUCUGAACUUCCUUCUCUUGAUGUUUCUGAGGUGGAUGACUCCAGAUUCCAUUAUUGAUGUUGCAAUAGAUGCUACGGGACCUAAGGGUGCAUGGACUAAACGGUAUUUUUUUGGGAAAAACAGAAGAGUUAAAGAAGAACUUCCAAACUCCUAAAUUGCUCAAGUGGAGAGGGAAGAAUACAUCGGUCACUAGAGGUUUUAAUGCUUACUGACAGAGACAUUACUCUAAAAAUACUUAAGUUUCUUUCUGAAGUUCUUGGAAAGAAACUUUAGUUCAAUGUGCUACCUCAGUUUAAGAUGAUGUUCUUAAUUCAGUUUUGGAUUCAUGCAAAUUUAUAGGCAUCUCUUUUGCACUGAAAGCUGGGAGGAGAACAUGGGUUUUUAUAUAUGCCAGAAACCUUGGAAACAAAAAAAUAAGAUUUUUCUUGGUAACUUGAACAUUGCAGAAAGGGACUUAAGGUGUUUGGGAAAGGAAAACAAAAAAUAUUACCUUACUGUAGUACCUGCUAAUCCCUGAUAUUUACUGUGAUUUUUUUUUUUUUUAAGACCUUUUUCAAAAUAAUUAAAAACUCAACAAAAUACACCUUUUUCUCAAGAUGAAAAUGGCACUUAAAAUUAGUCAUAAAGUCCAUUACCAUGUAAAUUUCAGAGACUUCGUUCUA